AACGCCAUGUGUGUCCGGGUCACGCGCGGGCAGCGCGCAGCCUGGUCCGCGUGCGAGGGAGGAGGAGGCGGCGGCGCCGCAGAUUUUACAGGGAGUGUGGUUGCCUGUUCAGCUGCAUUCAUCAUGAUAACUCCAGCAUUUGAACUGAACCAGGACCCAGAUUUUCUUACUAUAACAAUCAAUGUACCUUAUGCCAAAGUUUCUGAGUUUGAUGUAUAUUUUGAAGGAAAGGAUUUUAAAUUUUAUGCUAAGCCUUAUUUUCUCAGGUUAACUCUUCCUGGAAGAAUUGUGGAAGAUGGAAGAGAAAAAGCAUCUUAUAAUGUGGACAAAGGCAUUUUUACAGUUCGACUGCCUAAGGAGACUCCUGGUCAGUAUUUUGAUGGGUUGGACAUGCUGACAGCUUUGUUAGCACAGAAGAAAUCUAGAUCAGCUAAACCAUUAGUGGAAGAGAUAGGUACCUCUGCUGAGCUAGCCGAGGAGGAGGAAGAGGAAGAAUUUGACUGGGAAAUUGAACAGACCCCUUAUCACGAAACUGCAGAAAGCACUUUACAUUUACAAUGCUGCUAUGGGUUUGGAAAUUUGAAAUCAGGAGUGUUCCAGCGAUUGCAGGAUGAACUCAGUGAUAUUGUUGAUGUUAAGGAUCCAGACUUAACUCCUGCAGAUGGACGCAGACAGAAACGACUGGAGACUGAGGCUGCUAAGUUUGAUCCUGAUCAUUAUCUUGCUGACUUUUUUGAAGAUGUAGUCAUUCAGCAUGUUUUGAAGUACAAGCCCUGGUGGGUUGAUGCUUAUGCAAAAAAGAUGGCUUCCCAGGGAGAGAGUCAUCAGGAACAUGUUAGUCAAACAACGUUCGUCUCCUUGUCAGAAGAAGAGAAAGAGCAGCUGAGAAAAUUCACAAAUAAAUCUUACCUGCUAGAUAAAAGAACCCGUCAUCAAGUGUAUUUCAGUUUAAUUGACAUCCUUUUGGCAUACUGCUAUGAAAUUUGUAUUACUGAAGGAGACAAAAAUGUAGAGUCAUCAUGGAAUAUCAGGAAACUGAGUGCAACUUUGUGCUGGCUCGAGAGUUUCACUAGUAUUCCUGAGGUUCUGGUAUCCUUUGGAAGAAGAGUUUUAUGUUAUCCACUCUACAGACAUUUCAGAUUAGUGACACGAGCCUUCAGUGAUACUGUCAUGAUAUUGCAACUAGGUAAAAGUGCUGUUUUGAAAUGCCUGUUGGAUAUUCACAAGAUUUUUCGAGAAAAUGACCCUGCCUACAUCCUUAAUGAUCUCUACAUUACAGACUAUUGUAUUUGGAUUCAAAAAACAAAGUCAAAAAAGUUGGCAGCACUUGCUGAAUCCUUACAGAAAGUCAAGCUAACUAAGGCCCAUUUAGGGUUUGAACUAGAAGAGCUGGAAUCAGCUGCACUUCUGGUACAAGAGGAAGAAAGUGAGUUAAAAGCUGUCAGCGCAGUUUCCAAGCAACAGCUGCCUUCCUCUGAAUUGGAGACAAGUGACUCUGAAGAAUCAAGCAGUACUUUAUCAUCUGAGACAGAAAGCCCUGAUUCAGAUGAACAAGAGUCCUCAGCCAGUGAAGAUGGGAAAAUAAAUUCUCUACAAGGCACACUCCAAGAGGAGAGGACAGCCCCGCUUAUUGACUGCAGUGGAUUAGGGCGAGACACAGACACUUUGACGUUAGAUGUUAGUAAUGAAAAAUCAAAGACUUCUUUACAAUCUGCAUCUGUUCCUGGAAAACUGAUAGAGGAAUUAGGAAAGAAAAUGCAGACUGCAAUUAGGCUUUCAGAACAGCCUGAAGAAUUGGCUACUGCAAGCUACACAGUUUUGCAAGAGAAAGGAGCAAAUUAUGCAGUUGAACCCCAAAGACUUUCUGAGGAUCCAAGUGGAAAAGAAAAUUUCUUGGAGGUUUCACCAAAGAAAAACCUACUGCUGUUUGUUGGCAGCACAAAUGAAGAUGAAGACUAAACAAGCGUAUUAGGAAAAACUCUGACCCUUUACGUAAUACAGCUCAUUGCUGUAAUGUAAUAUUGUUUCUACAUCUGUGUGCAAAAAGGAGGUGAUAUUUUUCCUGUUGUUUUUUUUUCCCCCACCCUGUUGACAGUUCUUAAACACAAGAUUGCUUUGAAGGGAAUCAACAAGACUUUCUCAAACCCUCAUAAUCAGAUAUAUUUUGUACAUCAGUGAUUCAUCAGAAAGUAAAAUUUUGAUCCCCAAAUGCAGGAAUCUGUAACUUCGGUAAAUGCUUUCAGGAACAGUUUUCAUUAAGGUUAGUAAUGGAAUGAAGAGAGAUAAUGAAAUAUGACUGAAAAUAGUUGUACCAUCAGUUAACUGACUCAGCUGAUGACAUGUUCUUGAUAAAUACCCCCGUAUAUUCAUGAUUUUUUUAAUGACAUUUUACUACAUUAUUGGAUUUCAAAUAUUUUAUUACUAAUUUCUCUGCUUUAAAAAGAAUGAUGAAUGUCAUAAAAAUCCAAGCAGCACUGGCAGUUUUUGUUUGUAGUUCCAAAUAAAUGUUCCUUACCUUUUUGUUAGUACAAAAUAAAGGGAGUUUCUUUAUUGUGAGGGCUGAGCAAUGCUAUGUAUAAGCUUUUGUUUCUACAGUCCUGUUAGAAAUUGUUCUUUACCACUUUCAGCAUUUGUUUAUUUUACUGUGCUGUCCAUUUUUGAAAUGUUUCUAGGUUGUCUCCUUUUCAAAAAUGAAAAAAUCUUGUUUCGUGUUACUAUUCCAGGGCUGUUUCUGGCCCCACUGAGGCGGGGAGACAAUGUGGUCUGCUGCUCUGAGCACUGGAAUGAAAAGCAGGAACUCUCAAUUUCUAGUCCCAGCUCUGCCACAGAUUUACUGUGUCUUUGAAAAAAGUCACUUAACUUCCCUGUGCCUCAUUUUCUCCAUCAGUAAAAUAUGAAUAAUACUGGCCUAUCUCAAGGUGGUGUUGUGAGAAUAUUAAUUAAUAUGCUCAUGAUAAUAGUGAAGAGUCUAAUGUUUUACAAAUGAAAUGCCAUAUUUCCAGGUAUGACUUACCCAUAAAAGGUUGCUUCAGGAUGAAAAGUAGCUUGAAUGGUCUCUUGCUUUCAUGUUUGUGUGUGGGUGUGUGUUGUUAAUAUUAAAAUCCAAUUUUGGGGGAAUGAAA